ACAGAGCCCUCUGAACAGAUUUCCAGGGACCACGAACACUCCUUCAGUAGUCUUUUUCUUGGGCUUUCUUCAAUGUCUGCGAUGAAAUCCCAAGAAGCCUCGUCUUCGGCUUCUCCAUGUAGUUAUCAUGUGUUCUUGAGCUUCAGGGGCGAGGACACUCGCAAGACUUUCACCGAUCACCUCCACACAGCUUUGGGCCAAGAGGGAUUUCACACGUUCAGAGAUGAUGAUGGCAUAGAAAAAGGAGAAGAUAUCAAGUCUGAACUUGACAGAGCGAUUCGAGAGUCAAGGAUUUCCAUAAUCAUUUUCUCCAAGAACUAUGCCACGUCAACUUGGUGCCUUGAAGAGCUUGUGAUGAUCCUCAAGCGUAGGGCUUCUGGACACAUAGUUCUACCUGUCUUCUAUGAUGUGAAUCCAUCUGAAGUGAUGAAGCAAAUUGGCAGUUUCAAAGAAGCAUUUGUGAGGUAUGAAGAGAGGCUCAAAUCAGAAACGUGUGAACUGACGAAAGAGAAAUUGAAGGAUAAGGUAGGAACAUGGAGGGCUGCGCUUAGAGAAGUUGCAGAUGUGGCCGGGAUGAAUUUACAAAAUCAAGUUGAUGGACACGAAGCAAAGUUUAUCAAGAAAAUUAUAGAAGUGGUUCGAGAUAAGCUAAGUCGCACAACCUUGAAUAUCGCACCUAACUUGGUUGGAAUUCAUUCAAGGGUCAAAGACAUUCAACUUUGGUUAGAAGAUGGGCCAAGUAAUGUUGACAUAGUUGCAAUUUGUGGAAUGGGUGGAAUAGGCAAGACAACCACAGCAACAUAUCUAUAUAAUUUGAACUUCUCAAGAUUUGAAUGUUGCAGUUUUAUUGCAGAUGUAAGAGAAAUUUCAACACAACAAAGUGGUUUACUUCGUUUACAAAAACAGUUUCUUACAGACAUUUUGAAGACGAGGAAAGUAAAACUAGACAGUAUUGCUCAAGGAACUGCUUUGAUUAAAGAUGCCAUAUGUCGCAAAAAAGUUUUUGUAGUUCUUGAUGAUGUGGAUAAACGUGACCAAUUAGAGGCACUACUUGGAAUUGGAGGUUGGCUUUUUCCUGGGAGUAAAAUCAUCAUAACCACAAGGUAUGAGCGGUUGCUAGGCGCUUCUAAAUUCUAUAAGGUGCAUAGGCUUGAAAGUCUGAGUGCCGAGGAAUCCUUGGAGCUCUUUAGCUGGCAUGCAUUUGGAAAAUAUUGUUGUCCCAACAAUGGGUAUGGAGAGGUCUCAAAAAGGGUGGUGAGCUAUUGUGGAGGGAUUCCAUUAGCAAUUAAAGUUCUAGGCUCUUCUCUAUCAGGGAAUUGCUUAAAUGUAUGGAAAAGUCAGUUGGAAAAAUUGAAAGCGAUUCCCAACAGUCAAAUCCUUGAAAAACUCCGAAUAAGCUAUGACUCUUUACAAGAUGACCACGACAAACAUCUAUUCCUCAAUAUUGCAUGUUUUUUUGUUGGAAGUGAUAAGGAAUCCACAGUUACAAUCUUAGACGGAUGUGAAUUUUACACAGUGGUUGGGAUUCAAAAUCUCGUGGAUAGAUGUUUGAUAUCAAUUGAUAAAAGUAAUACACUGGUAAUGCAUCAUUUGCUUCAAGAAAUGGGAAGAGAAAUUGUUCGCCAACAAUCACCAAAAGAGCCAGGAAAACGUAGCAUCCUCUGGAAUCAUCAGGAUGCAUUUAAUGUUUUGAGAGAAAACACUGUAAGAAUUAUACUUUGCUCUUUAUGUAUUGUUGUAUGAAAAUAUGUGUAGGGAUGCCAUUAACUAAUUAUUAUUUUUGCCGCACAUGCUUCCCUUCUUUUUUUUUUCAAUCUUAUGUUAGGGCACAAGAGAAAUAGAA